AAGCGUGUGAGGAGUGCGCCGCCGAAUCUGCUGAUCUGGCCCUUUUCCCCAUAACCGUGCCGUUUGGACACAUCGUGUACGAUACAGUUUACUCGCCGAUUUUCGCGUUUUUUCUCUUGUUGGAAAAACGUGUGGACCGCAGUUUUAUUUUGUUCUUUAUUUUUUUUUUUUCGUUGAAAAUUUUAACCUCAACCCGACGCAUCAUGAACACCGUUAACGUGCACUGUUGUCGGCGCUGCUAAUACACCGCACGCAUAGCCUAGCAAAAUCACGUGACAACCCGUUUCAAAACCUUAUCGUAAUCCUGGCCGCUGUUUUUUGAACCCCGUACCCAAAAUACGCGCGAGUCGUACAGACACAAAUUACGAUGACAAACCAACCGCCAGGAGCCGUGUCCCCUGCAAAGGAGCCCGUCAAGGUUUUCGAAGGAGUCGUCAAACAGGUGAACUCUGGUGAUUCUAUCACUAUUCGCGAGGAAGUAUACUCCGGAUAUCCAAGAGAAAAGCAAAUAACAUUAAAUAAUAUUAUUGCUCCAAAAUUGGGUCGUCGGCCAGCGAAUAAUGAUCCUACAUCCAAGGGCACCGAUGAUGAGCCUUUUGCUUGGGAAGCUCGUGAGUUUCUCAGGAAGAAGCUUGUUGGUAAAAAAGUGUUCUUUAAGAUGGCUGGUCAAGUACCUGGAAGCGGAAAACCCCGAUACUAUGGCGAUAUUUACUAUCCAACUUUGGAAAAUAACAUUGUUAGUGAGCUUGUUGAAAAUGGUUUGGUCACUCUUAAGAAUGUAAAAUCUAACAACCCAACACCUGAUAUCCAGACAUUGGUUGAUCUUCAAAACAAAGCAAAGGCUGCUAAAGCUGGCAAAUGGGAUACAAGCGUAAAGAGUGUAUCGAAGAAAAACAACACUAUCGAUGAUGUGGAAGCUUUUUUGAAAAAGAAUCAAAAGAAGCGCAUUAAGGCCAUAGUUGAGUCUGUUAUUGAUGGAUCAACCAUUAAAUUGAUGCUUUUACCCGAAGGAUAUAUGAUAACCUUGUAUCUCUCUGGAAUCAAGUGCCCUCCUGAAAAUGAUGAAUUUGGAAAUGAGGCGAAGUUUUUCGUUGAGGUUCGUUUGCUACAAAAAGAUAUUGAAGUUACCUUGGAGAGUGUUUUAUCCAAUAAUAAGACUCCAUCAUUUUUCGGUACUAUAUACCAUCCGGCUGGAGAAAUCGCUGUAGAGUUAGUGAAGCAAGGAUUUGCUACCUGUCAAAAUAGAAGUAUGAAGUAUUUGGAAGGUAGUGCUGACAAAUUGAGAGCAGCUGAGAGGCAAGCAAAAGAAAAAAAACUGAGGAAAUGGCAGUCAUACCAACAUACUGGACCAGAGAUUCCCGAAAAAGAAAUAGUUGGAACUGUAAUUGAAAUUAUCCGGGAAGAAGCCUUAUUAGUGAAAACAUCAAACCACGAUAAACCAAAAAAGAUUUUCUUAUCAAAUAUUAAACCAGCAAGACUUGGAGUUGAAGCACCCAGAGGUGAACUACAGUAUGGUGAAGAAGCUCCUCCUCGUGCUCCACGAACACUGGCUAAACAUUUCUAUGAAAUCCCAUGGGCAUACGAAGCACGUGAGUUCUUACGAACACGUUGUAUUGGAAAGAAAGUAAAUGUGUCUGUUGAUUACAUACAGCCUAAGUCUGACAAAUUUGAAGAGAAAAUAUGUGCUACUGUGACCGUAAAUGGAAUAAAUCUUGCCGAGGAAUUAGUAAAAGAAGGUCUGGCGACUGUAAUGAACAACCCUCGAGAUGACCAGAUGUCUCAAUGUUUUGAUGAUUUAAAGAAAGCAGAAGAAAACGCCAAACAAUCGCAUAAAGGCUUGCAUUCAAAAUCUCCUCCGCCCAAGCAACGGAUUACUGAUUGUUCUAGUGCAGGGGAUUCUGCCCGUGCUAAAGCAUUGUUGCCUAGCUUGCAACGUUUCCCGAGGUUUGAAGCUCUAGUUGAAUAUGUUGCCAGUGGCUCAAGAAUGCGACUUUAUGUCCGAAGAGAAUACUCGCUUAUUACUUUCCUGUUGGCGGGUAUUACAUGUCCAAGUGGUGAACGCCCAAAUCAAGGUGAACAACCGUCUGCAGCUGAAGAAUACCAUCAAGAAGCAUUGGCUUUCACAAAAGAAAGAAUUAUGCAUCGUGAAGUAGAAAUCACUGUGGAAUCUUGCAACAAAGGUGGUAGCAUGAUUGGUUGGUUAUUUGUUGGCAACACCAAUCUGUCUUUAGCACUUGUCAAAGAAGGACUUGCAAAAGUACACAGAUCGGCUGAACGUUCCGAAUACUUCAAACAGCUGCAACAGGCCGAGAAAGAAGCUAAAGACAAGAAGCUCAAUUUGUGGAAGAACUACGUGGAAGUACCAGAAGAAGCAAAUAACAACAACAGCAAGCCAGUGACUGAGGAUGUCGUCAAAGAGCGCAAAACCAAUUACGUCGAAGUUCUUGUAUCGGAAAUCAGUCCCGAGUUGCAUGUCUACGUGCAACCUGUCUCGGAAGGCCCUAAAUUGGAAAGUCUUAUGGACAACUUGCGAAAACAAUUUGAUUCGACCCCUCCAGCUGCUGGUUACUCGCCAAAAAGAGGAGAUAUAAUUGCUGCCCAGUUCAAAGAAGACCAACAGUGGUAUCGUGCUAAAGUGGAAAAAGUAGCUGGACCAAAUAUACACAUUUUGUAUAUUGAUUACGGAAAUAGAGAUGUGGUUACUGCAAACGAAUGUGCUCUAUUGCCUCAGUCGUUCAAGAACGACCGGCCUUACGCCAGAGAAUAUGGAUUCGCACUUGCUAAACUGCCGAAAUUACCGGAAUAUCAAGAAGAUUCCAUAUUGGUAGUACGAGAGGAGUUCAUCAACAAAACAAUCAAUAUCAACGAAGAAUACACUUACGACAACUUAACUCAUGUUACUGUUAAAGAUGCUGACAAAAAAGAGGAUCUUGUUAAGAAGUUGGUCGAAGAAGGGUUUUUGUUGGUUGAUAGGCGUCGUGAAAGAUAUUUGCAGAAAUUGUUGACUGAGUACAUCGAGGCUCAAGACAAGGCUAAGAAAGACCGGUUACAUAUGUGGGAGUAUGGUGACAUCACAGAGGAUGAUGCUAAAGAAUUCGGUUAUGCUAAAUAAUGGUCUUUCUUUACCUGCAACAAGACUAAUCAUCCACUGUCAGGCCUUUUACAACUGUACAAAAAUGUGUUUUACAAACUUUAUUAGCCAUAUAUUAUUAUCUUAUUAAUAAUUUUACAUACAGACAUCCAACUCUUUGAUGGAUAAUAUAUAAUAUGACUAUAUUUUAUAUUGAAUAAUAGUUUUAUAAUUUCGUUUUGAUUGUUACAAAAAAAAAAAAAAAUUAUAAAAAUUUUUUUAAAAAAUAUCCAAUGGUUUCUCCUAAUCUACAGUUUUGUAGAAACAGUCUAUUAUAUAGAUUUUAGUUCUAUAAAAUAAAUAUUUGUAACUAAUAGCUAAAUAUUUUAUGAUCUGUUUUUAUGACUUAUAUUUUGGGGUAUAUAAUUAAAUUAAUUUAAUAUGAUAAAUGUUGUUAUAAAAACAGAUGUUAACUUUUUUUUCAACUUAUAACAUUUGAAAAUGUUUUAUUUUAUUUAUAUAACUUUUUGGAAGUAUUCAAACCGCAUACUCUGUAUAUUGAAACGAAAUAUCACAAUUUCAACUGGUCUAUGCGCUCUCUUGUGUGUGGAGCUUCUUUGUAUUUAAAAAAAAUUGUAAAUGUUUAUUAUUACUUACAAGCUUUGCUGAUACUUAAUUUAAACACUUAAAUAUUUUGUAAAACACUAUAUUAUGUCUGAUGUGUAGUGUGAAGACUGUUCAGAUGGAUUAUAUUAUCGAUUUACAUUAAUAA